AUGAGAACUUGCCAUCUGUUUUUGGGGCAUCCUUGGUUUUCUGACCGAAGAGUCAAGUUUGAUGGCUAUAAGAACUCGUAUUCCUUUGUGUUUGGUGGCAGGAAAGUGGUCCUACAACCCAUGAAAAUACAUGACUUUGACUACCCUUAUGGCGAAGAGCGGAUACUAGCAUUGAGAGGGUUCAAGCAAGUAAGCCAAGAUAGUGGUAUUAUUUUUGCACUAAUUGCCAAAUCCACUGGGCCACCACCAAUGACUAAGUCACUGGCAACAAAAUUGACAUCACUUUUGGAGGAAUUCUUUGACAUUACUCCAGACGAACUACCUCGAGCAUUAUCGCUCAUGAGGGACAUACAACAUGCUAUAGAUUUAGUUCCAAGCGCAAACUUGCCCAACUUGCCUGCAUAUCAGAUGAGUCCAACCGAACACAAAGAACUACAACAAGAAGUCCAGAGUUUACUUGACAAAUGGUUUAUUUGUGAGAGCCUUUGCCCUUGCGCAGUGCUCGCCUUACUCACUCUUAAAAAGGACUGUAGCUGA